UGGUUCGCUCUUCUCAAUCGUCGAACGGCGUCCUGACGACACCACGCAGGCGCAAAAGGUGCCCGGAAACGUGUGGAGCCUGAGGGGCCCACCAAAUUUUGGCAUAAGUGCUCCUGCCUGAUUCUUGGGGGCACCUGGAUCUGCCAUGCCAGAUGCAACAUGGUGACAGAGAAGGAAAUCACGCUGAUCGGCAAGACCCUAGUGGACUCCAGCCAACCCCUGAAGAACCGCUUCCGGGCACUUUUCACCCUGCGCAGUCUCGGGGGGCCUGCCGCCAUCGAAUGGAUCAGCCAAGCCUUUGGAGAUGAUUCUGCCCUCCUCAAGCACGAGCUGGCCUACUGCCUUGGGCAGAUGCAGGAUGAGAGAGCCAUUCCUGUCCUCCUCUCCGUGCUGCAGGACACCUCCCAAGAACCCAUGGUCCGGCAUGAAGCAGGUGAAGCUUUGGGAGCUAUCGGGAACCCCAAAGUGCUGGACGUCUUGAGACGCUACUCCAAGGACCCCGUGAUUGAGGUAGCAGAGACAUGCCAGCUGGCUGUGAAGAGACUGGAGUGGUUUCAGACACACAAAGCAGAGCCCUCAGCCAGCCCAUACAGUUCCGUGGAUCCAGCCCCCCCUGCUCCGGAGGAGGAUGUCGGGAAGCUGAGGGAAGCCCUGCUGGAUGAAUCACGGCCGCUCUUUGAGCGCUAUCGGGCCAUGUUUGCCCUGCGGAACCUCGGAGGGGAACCUGCUGUCCUUGCCCUUGCCGACGGCCUGAAGUCCGGUGGUGCCCUCUUCCGCCAUGAGAUUGCCUACGUUCUGGGUCAGAUGCAGCAUGAGGCCUCUGUCCUGCAGCUGACAGCUGCCCUUGAGAGUGUGGCUGAGAACCCCAUGGUGCGCCAUGAAUGUGCUGAGGCCUUGGGCUCCAUUGCCAAGGCCUCCUGCCUGGCCACUCUGCAGGCCUACGCCAAGGAUGAGGAACGGGUGGUCCGGGAGAGCUGUGAGGUGGCUCUGGACAUGUACGAGUAUGAGAACGGGAUGGAAUUCCAGUAUGCUGAUGGGCUGAGCAAGCUGGAGGCAUCAGACUGAAGGGAGAUGGGGGUUGCUUGUGGCUCCCACCCCUUUGCCGUUGUUGCCUGUAAUUCCACCACUGCUCAGCUUUCUGUGGUCCCAGGCAUGGCGCUGGAGGCCGGACUGAGAAACUUUGUCUCAGCCAUUAAAUUAUUUCUGCCUUUU